CGCCCCCUCCGCCCCUCUCCCCAAAGGAAAAAGGGCUGCAUCUCUUGGUUGGGUUCGAGCUAGUCGAAUAUUCAGUUGCGGAUCUAGGCGCAUUUUUCUGACUGGUGCAGCCCAUUUCAACUUUUUGUGAUAGGCUAGGCAAAUUUUUGAGGUGUUGAUUUUUCCCAAUCGGGACGCGUUAGAGCUGCACCCAGACCCCAUACCUAUUUAAACUGGUCGGCUUCCCCACGUCUUCAACCUUCUAUUCUACAUAUCACGAACCCAACAUCCACCAACGUCUUCAGCCGCAAAAUUGCAUUCUUGCACCACCAACCAAACCACACAUAUUUCGCAAUCUUAAAUCUCAAAUCAAAAUGACUGGACGCGGCAAGGGCGGCAAGGGCCUCGGCAAAGGUGGUGCCAAGCGCCACCGCAAGAUCCUUCGCGACAACAUUCAAGGUAUUACCAAGCCCGCAAUCCGACGUCUCGCGCGUCGUGGUGGUGUCAAGCGUAUCUCUGCCAUGAUCUAUGAGGAGACCCGUGGUGUCCUGAAGUCUUUCCUUGAGGGUGUCAUCCGUGAUGCCGUCACCUACACUGAGCACGCCAAACGCAAGACUGUCACAUCUCUUGAUGUCGUCUACGCGCUGAAGCGACAAGGCCGCACUCUGUACGGUUUUGGUGGUUAAACUUUGGGUCUUUGUGGAGUUUCACGUCUGUUAUGAAGUCAUUUCUUGCGAGUGCCACUUUGGUUGCAAGUGGCCGGUCAUGACCAUUGGGAUUGGGUCUGCUUUUGGGUGUUUUGAUCAUGUACCAUAAGGGAAUGGGGGUCAACUACUACAUCGAUGGAUUGUCCGAUGAGGCAUAAUCAAUCCGUCA